GUGUUUUAUUUUAUUUUUCUUAUUAAAAAAAUCCAUUUUUUUGUCUCAAUUUGUCCAGCAUUUGAUUGGAUUCCUUUCCCCCCAUACAUACAUACCCACUCACGCGCGCAAAAUAACACACAAACACAUGGCUUUAAAUCAGCCGCAAUACCGUCUAAAGUGGAACAGCUUCAACCAGAACCUGUCGGAAGUGUUUCAAAAUAUGCUGAUCCACGAAAACCUGUGCGACUGUACCGUUGCCUGCGAUGGGGCCAACAUUAAGGCCCAUAAGAUGGUGUUGGCCGCCAGCAGUCCCUACUUUUACAAUCUGUUUGUCGCUAAUCCGUGCAAACAUCCGAUUGUCAUACUCAAGGACGUCAUAUUUGCUGACCUCAAGUCGAUUAUCGACUUUAUAUAUACGGGUGAAGUGAACGUACCUCAGGAUCAGCUGAGCUCACUAUUGAAGACAGCGGAGACACUAUGUAUUAAAGGUUUGACAGAUGUCAGGGACAGACAUGAGUCGCCCAUUAGAAGUAGUAGUAGUAGUGGUGGUGUUGUCAGCAUCAGUAGUGGUAGUGGUGGACAGCAAACGGUCCAAUCGAUGCUCGCAAGGAAUAGGCGACGAAAACGAAAAGUUAAUCCCAGUGUUCAUCAACACAAUGACAAUCAAAAUGUCAAUAUGUCUGACAAAUUAGUAAUAAGUGGUAAUUUGACGAGUGAUGAGGAACUGGUCGAUAAACACGGCCUACUAACCAUUACCGGUGCUAAUAAUAAUAAUAAUAGCAAUAGUAAUAUUAGUUGCAAUACAGACAAAUCGGGUAUUAAUUAUAGCAAUUAUCGGGACAAACAAAACAAAAUACAAAAGUUAAGCCAAAAUACAGAUGAAAUUUCUGUCAAAGACAAGAACCGGGAGAUAACAAUGUGUAUGGACGACAUCGAACCGACCAAACUUCUUGAACAAUCCAUGUCUACUCCAGAAGAUUCAAGUUAUGAAUAUCCCAGCAGUGGUAGCAAUGUAUGCAAAGCUAUCGUUCCCAUUGACCCACAAGAGGACGAUGCAGACAAUGAACUACAAGAGAUAUCAUUGAGCGAUGAAUGUAUGGACCAAAACGAUCCGGAUGUGAACGACUGGCCAAUCGUCGACUCGACCCGAAUCGGUAGGUUUAGGCCGUACGACAUCAUUCCAUCCAAUACACCACAAACCAUUGAAGAAUACGAACGACUAUUAGCACAAAUACAGGCCAACAAUAUGACUACCUGUCCGGUGUGUUGUAAGACAUUCCUGAAGAAGUCCAAACUGAUCCGUCACUAUCACACCCACUUCAGCGACUUUAGGCCCAAAUUUUCGUGCGGUUCGUGUGGCAAACUGUUUACCACUCAGGACUGGUGCAAAAGGCACGCAAUCAGCUGCCAGACCAAAGUGACGGCCAAUACGGGUCAGACCACUAUUGCCUGUGAAUAAUAUUUAUUUUUUUGGGCAACUUUUCAAACACUCCGACAUACGAUUUAAAUGAUGUCAUUAUACACUAUAUUUUAAAAUAUAC